AUGUAUGUGAAAUGGUUUGAUACAGGAAUGUUUUACUAUGUGAUUUUAGUGAAUGUCACUUUUUGUCAUUUUCAAAUUUCCCGCCGUUCCGUCCCCGUACGUCCCGACGCUCGCAGGGGAUGGAACCCAGAUGACAGAGGCCGGCAUCCGCCGGAUUACAUUGCCGGGGACACUGCAGGAGGGACAUCGCGGGAGCGCAGGACAAGGAAAGUGAUUGAAGGAUCAUGGAGCAACGCUGCAUGGUAAGCCCGAGUGUAGCUUGGGGUUACCGCUUUUGCUACACUCGGGAAUACCGCCAGGGGGGCUAC